CAAUAACCGGAGACAGCAGGGGAUAAUAUGCAGUGGACAGGUGAAGUUCCAUGUUCUUACCACGAUGGAGGAGACAGUGCUCACCAUCACUGAAGUGGCCAUGGCCAGCGGUCUGUGAUUGGUGCAAACACAGCCACCACACCAAAGAUUAUGUGGACACUAGUGACAGUGAGAGCAAGCUUCAGUUCUGUAGCACAAAAUGCUUGAACCAGCAUAAAAUGGAUCGAUUUUGCAAAGAGGCUCAGUCUAACCUGUCCAUGGAUGUGACAGACUCUCCAUCCCCUACAAUUGCAAACAAUAAACUAGAGAAUGGAGUGACUCAGCUCAUCACUGCAGAAGCAUGGAAUAUCAAUCCUACAGGUCUCAUGAAAAAAGCACUUUCCCCCUUAGUAGCUGUCCCAGCAUCUUCCAUUAUGACACCACAAACAGACCCACCAAAUGGAGUAUCACUUAAAGUGGCUGCCACAGUACUGCAACCAAUUUGCUUAGGAGAUAGUCCUAUGGUCCUACCUAUCCACUUGCAAGUGGCUGGGAGUUCAGCAGCCCAGAUAGCUGCUAGUGGUAAUGCACCAUGGGUAAUGACUAAUCAAGGUGCAGUGCCAUUGUCUGUGUUACUGGAGCAACAUUUGAUUCAGCAUUUAAAUUCUCCACUGCUGCUUGCUUCACCUACCACAAGCCCUGUGAACUCUGUCCAGAACCACAUUAUCCAGGGCACUGCUGGCCCUUGCAUUCAGUCUCAACCACUGGGCCAGAAACCUUUAAAUCCAGCACAGGAGUAUGACAUACCACCUCCUCUUCAGAUCCCUGGUUUUGCUACAGUCCUGCAGGACUUUUUCCCUUCACAUAGCACAGUGCCGCCAGUACCAAAUGUCCAAUCAGGCCCCGAGAAUAUGUCCGGUGGCUUCUCCUCUACUCCACACCAGAACUGUGGUGGACUGUUUUCUCCAUUAGUUCCACCUGCCACACUUCUUGUCCCCUAUCCAGUAAUAGUUCCUCUUCCAGUCCCAAUACCCAUUCCCAUCCCCAUUCCCAUUCCUGUGGCCAAGGAUCCUGAUCCUAACAGAUUCACAGACAUGCACAGAAAAACUACCUACAGUGGCAGCACCACCAGCAGAAGCACCCAGACUUCAAAUGAGAAAGAAGAACAAAAAAUCUUAGAGUGUAUCCAACACCAAGGAGUACAAGAUUAUCAACAUGCAAACUAUAAAUUCAACACUGAGGCAGAGGCGCUUGAUCUUUCCCUGAAGAGAACGUCUGUAGUAAAGAAAAAUGAGUUUUUUUAUCAACAGAUUGAACAGGAUGGUGUGCUGGACUUAUCAGUUGCAACCCCCAAGAAAGUGAAAGAGAGUCAGAACCUUCCAGGUAAUGCAUCUUCUAAUCUAUCAGCUAAUUUAUUGAAUGAGCCCCUACCUCAGUCUAGCGAAUCCUGGUCUAACACUGUGCCGCUGUUGGGUGCACAGAAAGUAGAGGCUGUGUUACAUGGCACAUCUAACAGCUGUGAGUUUUCUGGCCAGCAUAAGUGGUUGGUUGAUCAAAACUACAGUAGACUCAGGAAUGACCCGCGAGCUGGCAGUAACCCUGACACUCUGAGCAGCACUGACACUGCGAAAGUCAUCGUGUCUGUAAAAGAUGCUGGCCCAGCUAUUCUGUGUGGCAAAAUAAAAACUGUUGUUGGAGUAUCUACAAAAAACUUCUCUUACAAGACAGAUUUAUCGCAGGAAUCUGUUUUGCAAUGUUAUGAUGUCAAGUCCCAACUUGAGCUCAGAGACAGCAAAAAAAACAACAAAAAUAGAGGCAUAAAAUUAAAGAAAAUGAGCUCACAGGAUUUCCAUGUCCUUCCAAUAAAAAAACAGCGCCUAGCUGCCUUCUUUUCGAGGAAGUAA